AUGGCCCUGCCGCAGUGGUGGCAGAACUGGGCUGCCCUGGCCGCGAACUUGGUCGCCAGGUCGUGGGGGAUGUUGAAGUUGGCGACGCAGGCAGUCGGCCGCGGUGGCGACCUGGUGGAUGCGCGGCAGAAGAAGAAGAGGAAGUUGAUGCAUCGGCUGUGGACGGUGACGUGGCAGGCGGCGCAGCAGAAGGCGGCGCCGAAGAGGGCGAUGGAGUCGACGCAGACGUUGCACCGCGUCGGCUCCAUCAGCCGCCUUCGCUCGAGGACGUGGCCUCGUCUCGCAAGGCAGAGAAUCCGCGCGUCCUUGCGGCAGAUCCCCUCCUGCGACCGCAGUCCAAUUCGCAUUGCGACGUAG